AUGGCUUCGAAAGCGGGAUCUGCUGUCCUCAAGCAGGGUGCUAAGAGGGAUCCAGAAUUAUAUGUUUUGGGCGCCAUUAUGACCGGUAUUCUCGGUGCUGCUGGAUACUACUUUGUCAGCAAGCCCACUACUGCUAGUUCUCACGAAGCUGUCGCCCACCCCCGAGAGUCUAUGCCAUGGCACUCCGAUGACCCGAACGCCAAGUACAAGUACAAGUACCACCCUCACGGAGACCCGAGCAAGGAGCCAAAGGAGGCGCCGUCGGCGUUGCACUCUGUUAUCAUCCCGGAAGUUACCCUGCCGAAGCAUCUUCAUGACAAGUUCAACAAAUUUGGCAAGGAGGACUGGUAG